AUGUGUAGCAGGACCUGCCGCCGCCGUAAGCUCAAGUGCGACGAGACCAAGCCAGUAUGCGGCCAAUGUCGGAAGGCUCGCAGAGUCUGCGAGCUCAGCGAAAUCGUCUUUCGUCACGAGCAAAACUCGUCGCUGACCCGCAGGCCCGAUGCCCUGAUGCGGUACUACUCUGACAGAAGGAGUUUUAGCUGCUCAAAUACCUGGCUAUCUAUCCCACAGCAAGUCAUCUUUGUAGCCGAGGAUCCUGCUGGCUCCGGCAACCCACACACGACACGCGAGAAAUCGACGGUCAUCGACGUUAGCUCUCCCGUCCAGCAGCCAACCCAUGAUGAGUGGGAGGGUCAUGAAUUCCAAGUCCCAGUGGACAGUUGUUCCUCUCCAGUGCCCGCGAUAUCACUAGCUAACUCGAGCCCUCUCUCUGCUCGGAACAACGUGAUGGCGGCGGUGGCCCUUGGCGGCUCUCCUGACCAUGCGACACACUCGACUGCGUCGGCCGUCGCUCCCGAUAUAUGGCCAUCCGGCAACAUAGACUUCAUUCUCAAUCCCAUGUCGGCUAAAAUCAGUCCAGAGAGUCCGGAGCUAACCGACAACUACCCUCGAUCUCAAUCGUGUACGCUGCAAAAGGAUUCACCAGUUCAGACGGAUCCAGAGGUUUCGUUUCUCCUGAGGCAUUUCUCGGAGCAGCCCGGCAAGUGGCUAGAUUUAUACUUCCUAGACUCAUAUUUCGAAACUGAAGUUCCUAUGAAAGCCUUGACGCACCCUCUUCUCAAGUAUGCUGCUUGCGCCUACGCAGCUAAGCACCUCAGCAGAACCAGGCAGAAAACUGACUGUCCUCGAGCGCCUGUACGGCAUUCAGACGUGAAAACUACCACCACCUGGCCCAACCAUUAUUCUGUGGACUGGGCUUGGUAUGGUGCAAAAUACUACGCCCAGGCGAUUAAUCUCCUGCGAGACACACUGCGACAUACCCAAGACCCAGAUGGGUCUCUCGGACAACAGGUGACCCCGACAUAUAUGAGCGAUAUGCAAUCGAUAAGUCAACCCGAAAAAUACUCUCCAUUUGGCGAUGAAACACUUGCAGCUAUGGCAAUUCUCUGCAAUUAUGAGUUCAUGAGUGCAUCUGAUGCUGAGUGGGCCCGCCAUCUGAGCGGAACAAUGCUUGUCCUAGAACUCCAGCAGACUGGAGUUUCUUCAAUAAUAGCCUCCCGUCCGUCUAAGGCUCGGAAAGCUAUUUUCUGGAACUUUUUCCGUCAGGAUGUCUACGCGGCAUACAUCCUUGAGGUGAAGACCAGGCUGGAUAUCGAGGACCUCCAUGUGUGGAGAUCAGCAGGACUACAACUAGAUGACCAAGGGUUUGUUCUCCCUUCAAAUGGUGAUAGAGAGGGCGCGAUGAAAGAUGACAUGAUAUCGAAUGCUCUCAUCUGGAUUCUAUCAAAAGUCUUCAACUACAUUUCCGCGGCCAAGGAAUCCCGCAACCAGCACCAGCCAAACAAUUUUCACCUUGACAGUGGGACUGGUGGAUCUCCAAGUUCACAAGACCACAAUCACCUGGUACUAGCGGAAAGGUGGAAGGCAAUCAGCCACGAACUAGACGUUUGGUACGACGGCCUGCCUGACUCUUUCCAGCCUUGCGCCCGGAUUGAGCGGACAGCGACCGAGCCAGCCACCGAGUCUAGUCCACUCAGGCCUGUAACGAUACCCGAAAUAUGGUUUACCAGCGCUAUGUGCGGCUCGACGAUGCAAACCUAUCACCUAGCCCGCUUGCUUCUCCUGGUCCACAAGCCCCAGUCCGGUGACGCAGCUUUCCGCAGCGGCGCAGUCUUUGAUUUCAUGGACAUCCGUCGCGCAACUUUGGCCGAACUUCGCUAUCGCAGCCGCGAGAUCUUUGGAAUCGCUCUGUCCUCGCCGUUUACCUCCAUCAUGCUUCAUCAGACCCAGACCAUCUUCAUAGCUGCUCAAUGCCUUACCGAAGACGGUGAAAAACGCAUGGCCGUCGACAUUCUCCGCCGGGUGAACUAUGACCUAGGCUGGGAGACUGAAUACCGCGUCCAGCAGCUGCUCAAACAGUGGCACUGGGAAGAGGUGUAG